AUGAACACGAUGACCGAAGGAUUUUGGCGCGGCGGCGACCGCGUUGAGGUGUUGCGACUCGUUUCCGGCGCGGCGGCUUAUUUCCCGGCGAGUGUGGUUAAUGCGCCGUCUAUGAGAAAGAAUCUCGUCUGGGUCGAGCACGAAUCCCUAAUGGUCGGAGGCUCCAAACGCAUGAAGGAGUACGUGCACCCCACGCGCAUCCGCCCAUCUCCGCCGCCUUUCGAAAUCAGCCGAAGCUUCGUGGCCGGAGACGAGGUCGACGUCUUCAUAGACAGCGAAGGUUUCUGGGUUAGAGGCAAAGUGACGGCGAAUCUCGGAAACUCAAAGUACAUUGUUAGGGUUAAAGGCGGAGAUGGUACGGAGACGGAGGCUAAUCGCUUAAACCUGAGGCUACAUCGUGAGUGGGAAGAAGGAAACUGGGUUCCAUCUCUUGAAUCGAAGACCAAAACUAUCAAACUGAAGAUAAAAUUCAGAAGGAGAUACGAAUUUGAAAAGGGGGAAGAAGUUGAUGCUUGGUUCAACCAACGUUGGUGGGUCGGUAGGGUUUCAACAGUGGUCGAAAGAGGUUCUAAGUUUUUGGUUUACUUCAUCUCCUCUGGUGAAGAACCGACGAUCCCACAUUUCAAUCUGAGGCCUCACAAAGAGUGGAUCAAUGGACAAUGGACUAGUCCUAACAAGGAAGAUCCUCCACUAAAGAAGCGGAAACCUUGUGAGAGAGCAGAGAAAGUGUUUAACAAACAAUGGAGUAGUAGUAGUCUUUACAAGGAAGAUCCUCCAUUAAAGAAGCUAAAACGUUGUGAAAUAGAAGAGAAAGUGUUUAGCAAUGGAACGAUGGUUGAAGUUAGAAGCGAUGAGCAAGGCUACGAAGGCUCAUGGUACACUGCGAAGAUCAUAAGCUACUUGGGGGAAAACAGAUACAGAGUUGAGUAUCAAACGCUUACAACAGAGGAUCUUAAAGAGUUGUUGAAAGAAGAAGCAAGAGGUUCGGACAUAAGACCUAAUCCUCCUCAAAGUGCUUGUGAUCGAUAUGAGCUGAAUCAACCUGUGGAUGCUUGGUAUAACGAUGGAUGGUGGUCUGGUCGAGUCUAUAAGAUAAACAGCGACUACACAAGAUAUGUUGUCUACUUCGAAACGACUGAUGAGAGAUUUGUGUUUGGUUACAACGACGUAAGGCCUUGCCAUGUCUGGAGUAAAGGAAAAUGGAGUCGUGCCUAA